AUGGGACUCGUUGAGAUGUUGGUCGAGCAUGUCUCGGUCAAGUCGGUCCUGGUCCUCGUGCCAGGCCUGCUGCUGGCCUACGUCUUGAUGGCUCUCAUAGUGAUGCCGCAAUGGAAGGAGCUCAAGCUGGCCGGCAUGCCGGGCGCAAGGGCACCCAAGAUCAAGUCGAAGUUGCCGUUCGGCCUCGACUUCAUCUACGAGGGCAUCCGUGCGGCAAAGGCAUAUGAGAACCUCCAGUUCUGGCAGAAGAUGUUCGGCGACAUCCAGGCCGACACAGGCGAAGGCUGGCUUGCCGGGCGCCGUGUCGUGUUUACCAUCGACCCCGAGAACAUCAAGGCCAUCCUAGCCACGCAGUUUGGCGACUACGGUAAGGGCGAGCCGUUCCACCGCGAGUGGAAGGACUUCCUCGGCGACAGCAUCUUCACCACCGACGGCGCCCUCUGGCACGACAGCCGCCAGCUGCUGCGCCCGCAGUUCAUCAAGGACCGCGUCAGCGACCUGCACGUCUUCGAGAGCCAUAUCCAGACCCUGUUCCGCGCCAUCGCCAACGGAGGCGCCCUAAACGGGGAGAACCAGCCUGUCGACAUCGAGGCCGGCAACGGGAAGCCCGUCGACAUCUGCGAUCUGUUCUUCCGCUACACGCUGGAUGCCGCCACCGACUUCCUGCUGGGGUACGAUGUCAAGUCGCUCAGCAACCCCCGUCAGGAGUUUGCCGAAGCCUUCGCGGAAGUCCAGCGGAUGCAGAGCCUCAUCGCGCGUGCGGGCGCGCUCAACCGGCUCGUUCCGCGCGACUCGUUCCGGCGCGGGAUGCGGGUGAUCAACAACUUCAUCAACCAGUACAUCGAGCGCACGCUGCGGCUGAGCCCCGAGGAGCUGGCCAGCAAGACCAAGAGCGACGCGGGGUACACCUUCCUGCACGCGCUGGCCGGCUACACCAGGGACCGCCAGGUGCUCCGCGACCAGCUGAUUGCCGUGCUGCUGGCCGGGCGCGACACCACGGCCUGCACGCUGUCCUGGACCAUCUACGAGCUUGCGCGGCACCCGGAGGCGGUCGCGAAGCUGCGCGCCGAGAUCUUGUCCGUGGUCGGGACGACGCGCACCCCGACAUACGACGACCUGAAGAGCAUGAAGUACCUGCAAAAUGUCAUGAACGAGACGCUGCGGCUGUACCCGGUUGUUCCGUUCAACGUCCGCCUCGCUCUGAAGGACACCACGCUCCCGCGGGGCGGGGGAGCCGACGGGUCGCAGCCGAUCAAAGUGCUCAAAGACACGCCGAUCGCCUACUCCACCCUCGUCAUGCAGCGGCGGCCGGACCUGUACCCGACGCCCGGGCCGGACUUCGCGCCCGUCGACCAGUUUAGUCCGGACCGCUGGUUCCGCUGGCAGCCCAAACCCUGGCAGUACAUCCCCUUCAACGGCGGGCCGCGCAUCUGCAUCGGCCAGCAGUUCGCCCUGACUGAGAUGGCGUACGUGCUGACCCGGCUGUUCCAGCGGUACGACCGGCUCGACAACUACAUGGGCGAGGUCAACGGCGGGAAGCCGUCGCUGCGGGCCGAGAUUGUGCUGCAGCCUGGCGACGGGGUCAAAGUUGCGUUUUGGGAGGCGAGGAGGGCGGCGAUGGCGAGGGAGAAAUGA